AGUGCGGCUGUUGGUGGUGCUGAAGGGACAGCUCCCUGUGGUGCUCCUCAAGUGAACGCACAUCAGGGCGCUGAAGGGGAGGACAGCUCCCCUGUUAAGACAAAGCAGGAACCUGUGGGGGCUGCAGAGGGAGGACCCCCACUGAGCCCUGUGCAUUGGAGAGCUGGUGGCAGCGGAGAUGCUUCUGACGGGAGCUCUCUGAGUCCUUCCGCUCUUCACAUUGCUGCUGCUGCUGCUGACAGAAAAGCAGCCACUGGCCUGGGGCGCCACGACAUCUAAGGAGGACAGUGCUGAAUGGACAGCACCUAUUGCUUGGCUUCAGGCAUCUAGGAAUGUAAUCCACAAUGCUAGUGCUCAGGUUUCUCAAUGUGGUCGCUCCAGCCUACUUCCUCUGUAUCUCCUUAGUGACCUUCGUCCUCCAGCUCUUCCUCUUCAUCCCAAGCAUGUUCAAAGACCCUUCCACCACUCCAUUUUUCUCCUCUGCUCUGCUGCAUGGGGCUCUCUUUCUGUACCUCUCAGCUAAUGCUUUGGGCAACUACAUCCUGGUAAUACAGAACUCCCCCGAGGAGGACCUGGGGAAGGGCCUAGAUUUGGCUAGAGGAGCCAAAGGGGUGGCUGAGUGGCCAGAUGGAAACAGGCCCCCUGCUUCAGCCCUGCCUGGCACUCACUUCUGUAGACUGUGUGCCCGAACCACCCAGAGGCAUGACCACCACUGUUUCUUCACAGGGAACUGCAUUGGGAAUAGUAACAUGCGGAACUUCAUCAUGUUCUGUCUGUAUACCUCCUUGGCUUGCCUUGAUUCUCUGGUGGCUGGGGUGGCCUAUAUUUCUGCUGCACUCUCAACUUCCUUUGCCAGCCCACUGGCUUUCCUAACUCUUCUGCCUCACUCCAUUAGCCAGUUCUUCUCAGGAGCUCUUCUAAGCUCAGAAAUGUUUGUCAUCCUCAUGCUAUACCUGUGGCUGGGGAUUGGACUUGCCUGUGCCGGUUUUUGUUGCCACCAAAUGCUGCUGAUCUUGCGAGGGCAAACACGGUACCAGAUGCGGAAGGGGAUGGCCGCCAAAAGCCAGCCCUGGAAGAAGAAUCUGGAGGAGGUCUUUGGGAAGAGAUGGCUGGUUGGACUGCUUAUUCCUGUGCUCAGUGUGGGAAGUGACUAUCACCAGCAGAAGGAGAAGUGACAGCUUCCUUAACACUUAGCAACGUGCAGAGGUGCACGCACACAUGUGCAUGUACACACAUUUGCUGUAGCGGAAUUCAGCUCUUGGAUAUACUUGUCCUUUCCCCACCUUGUAGCCUUGCAAUGUAUCAGAGAGAGAGAGAAAAAGGCAAAACCAUUGAGGCCAUGGGGCUAAUUCUAUGGUUUAAAGGAAGCGGGACUGACCAACUCUAGUACAAUUGAAGCUAUGGGCAGUCAUCUCUGGGUUGCUAAAGAUCUUAAGCAACCCCUCCCUUGAGAAGCCAGUUCUCUCCUCCACCUCACCCCGAUGGCUGAGUUUCCCCCCACCUUGACUUUUGGGUUUAAUUGGGGGAAGAGGAGGAGGAGGAGCAACCUUCUCCUUCAGCUUCUCCAAAGUAGCCUGUAUUGUCACGAGAACAGGCUGUAAGCACAAGCAUAGGUUCCUGGGAGAUUUACCCAAUGUGUUAACUGAAGGUUUUGGUGGCUUAAAAUGACCCCAAUUAAGAAAGAAGCUGCUUUUUUUUUGCAACAGGGUUGGUUAAACUCUUAAAAGCAGAAGGAAAUACACACACACACACACACACACACACAAACACACACACAGACGAGAUCUGGGAAAACAAGUAGAAUUUGCUUAUGUUCUGAAAUGGAAAGCAUUUACUGUAUUUUGGGACUAUAAGACGCACCGGAGUAUACGACGUACUGUGAUUUUGAAGAGGUAAUUUUUUUUAUAAAG